CCCUGAGUGUGUGCAUAAUUUUCCUCGUAGCAGGUGCCCAACACACACCCGAAAUCUCGAAAAUUUGCAGUAAAACUAAAAGAUUUUCAACAUUCAGCAAGUGAUCCGAAGGUGAAAACCCAAACGCAAAAAAGUGUCAAAACACUUCAACAGUGGAGAGGAAUUUCCCCGGUGAUUAUUCCUCGUCUGUCACGUAAACACAAUAGCCAAUGAAUUAACACUGGUACCAAAGGUUAUGGUUAUGUCACUUGCAUAAUAUGGCGUCUUCCGAGGUAUCAGACGAUGGACAGGACUGGAAAACCCUCGAGUACAGAAUCUACAAGUGUUCGAGUUACUCCCCUACUUAUGUACCCGAGAAUAUCCUGGUGGAUAAACCACUGGACCAGUCAUCCCGAUGGUCAUCGGACAAUGACAAUCAUCCCCAGUACCUGGCCCUCAAACUCCAGAGGCCCUCGAUUGUUCGAUCCAUAACAUUCGGUAAAUUUGAGAAGACACACGUCUGCAACAUGAAGAAGUUCAAGAUCUACGGUGGCAUGGAGUACGACAAUCUGAUGGAGCUGUUGAAAAGUGGUUUGAAGAAUGACUCAAUCUCGGAGACAUUCGAGUUGAAGCACAAGAUCGGUAGAAAUGAUACUUAUUAUCCAGUUCGCUACCUCAAGAUAAUGCCACUCCAGUCCUGGGGCCCCAGCUUUAACUUCUCCAUUUGGCACGUUCGUCUCACGGGGAUGGACGAUCCCCUGGUGAUAGCCCCCUGCAUUAAAUACGUAGAGCAGUACUUUCAGAAUGAGAUAAUAAGACUCUGCAUGAAGCACUUUCGUCGUCUGGAGCAGCCCCAGGUGGUGCAGACACUGGAGAGUGUAGGGAAUGUCAAAUUGGAGGAUCAACGUUUGUCAGUGCUGUACGAGAUCCUGGUGAAUCGUGGGGAUCACCACGAGGCUGAGCACUUCAUCACGAAUGCCAUUGGCAUUGGCUUACUCGAUGAUUACAUGAAUAGCCAGCCAUACAGAGCUGUUUGGAAGAAGAUGUCAUGUGAAGAGCCAAGACCUGGGAUGCGUGGUGGACACCAGAUGGUCCUCGACUCCUCUGCCGAGACCCUUUAUCUCUUCGGUGGAUGGGAUGGCACUCAGGAUCUUGCAGAUCUGUGGCAAUACGACAUCAAAACUGAGAAGUGGUCACUAAUCUGCAAGGACACUGAGGCUGUAGCUGGACCCACUGCACGCUCCUGCCACAAAAUGUGUCUCGAUCCUGAGAAAAGACAGCUGUUCACCCUGGGGAGGUACCUGGAUACCCAGUAUCGAACACCAGAUAAUUUGAAGAGUGAUUUUUACGUGUACGAUAUUGAAUCCAACAAGUGGACGCAGAUCUCAGAGGACACUGGGGCUGUGGGAGGCCCCAGACUGAUAUUCGAUCAUCAGAUGUGCAUGGACGUCAGUAAUAGGAUUAUUUAUGUGUUUGGGGGACGGGUUCUCGUGCCAUCUGGGGCGAGUGAGGACGGGGGUCCCAUUACCUCCGCUGAACCCAUAUUCUCUGGACUUUAUUCGUAUCACGUUGCCACCAGCACAUGGAAUAUCCUCGCAUGUGACAUCGCCAGACCCAGUCCCUUCAGUGUUCCCAUUAUUAGAUCACGUGUUGGACACUCCAUGCUGUUCAAUCCUGUCGACAGGAAGCUGUAUAUAUCCGCUGGGCAGAGGAGCAAGGAGUACCUCAAUGAUUUUUUCACUUAUGAGGUUGAUACUAAUAUGGUGGAGCACAUCAGUGUCACUGACUUUGGUGGACAGGACUCUAGUCACACACCAGCUGCUGGUUAUACCCAGAGGGCCACAAUCGAUCCACUCCUGGGUGAGAUUUACGUUCUCUCUGGGCUGAGCAAGGACAAGGACAAGAGGGAGGAGAACGUCCAGAACUCCUUCUGGGUUUACAAAAUCAAGAAGAACAGUUGGACUUGUGUUUAUAGAAAUGAGAAUGGGGGUGAGAAGUACUGGAGUCGAAUGCAGGACUUUGAGCCGUGUCCCAGAUUUGCUCAUCAGUUGGUUUAUGAUACUGAUAAGAAAGUGCAUUAUUUGUUUGGGGGCAACCCCGGCAGGUCUUGUUUACCGAAGCUCAGGCUCGAUGAUUUCUGGCAGCUCAAACUCUGUAAACCGAGUCAGGAACAGGUGCUCAGACGAUGCAAGCUCAUUAUCAGGAAGUACAAAUUCAAGGAAUUGGCUCUCAACAGCAGCAUCGAGGCUCUCGAGUACCUCCAGAGGGAUGUGUCCGAGAUUAUCGAUCAUGGGGACGAGGAGCAAACCAAAGAGUUUCAGGGACUCACCUCUGUCUUAUUCCGGGAACAGGAGAGGCUCGAUCUCCAGGGGAAUGAGGACAAGGAGAUUAUGGAGAGGGAACUGCAUCAGAGGAGGGCUGAGCUCUUCGAUAAACUCAUGGAAUUUUUUCCUGAGACUCUCACUCAACCCAGGGCAAAUCUCGUCGAUCUUCUGCCUUUGUGACAUCGGUGGUAAAUUCUCAGGGUGAAUCAGGGAGUUUGAGGAUUUGGCGCGUACAAUUUCUGGGUGACACGUACAUACUCUAUUUCUCAAACUACUCAAUGGAGAAAUCAGCAGCGAAAUGGUUACAAAAAAUUUAAAAACAGCUGAGUGUCAGGAACAUUUCAAGAAAAUCAUUUAGAUUUAGUUUGAAAAUUAAUUUAUCUCACUUCACUUCGCUCCUAAAAUCUACGGUUUUCAUUUUUAUAUGUUAUUUGUCGAAGUUUAGUGCAACUAGUCCCAGGGGAUUUUAUUUUUCAAUAUGAGAAUUCUGAGAAUGUAUUUUUUUUAGUGUUUCGUGUAUAUAUGGUCUUUAUUACUGACACGUACGGAAGUUUAAUAGAAAUUUUCAGUUUUAUUGUCUCUAUUCGAUUACGAAUUUUCAACACUAAUUGUAGGAUCUGAUUCCUGUAAUAUUGUUUCUGUAAAUUGAUCAACGUGAAUAUUCUGAAUUUUUUGCUUCAAUUUUUUUGGUAAAGAACAAUUUAAAAAGGCUGGGAAAUGUCGGGAAAUUUGUGUGAAUAAUUUACGCGAAAUAUCUCGGUAGAUCGAGUUUGUCUAGAGUUGAGUAAUUAUUUUCUAUUUAAUAUUAUUGUUUGUAGUUUUUUUUUUCUAUUAAAUUUUUACGUAUGUCCUUCAGCCUCAGUUUAUUAUCUUGACGUAUUACAGGAUAGAGUGAUAAUUUAUGGGUGCAGCUGAAAGAUUGAUAAUUCUCUGUGAUAUGUCGAGAUACAUCAGACUCGAAGUCAUUGUUGUAGUGAGUUAUUGAAAUGAUACAUGACAAAGUAUUCUGACGUACUUGAAAGCUUUAUGUAAAGUCGGAGAUUCUGAUGUUGUUAAUAUUAUGCUAGAUAUUAUUCAAUGAGAUGUUGCUGCAUUUUUCUCGACUGUCGCCAGGUGUUUUUUUUUUUUCAACAAUUUACGAAUGAAUGAGAACAGUCUGUUGAGCUUCUUGCGGUCAUUUUCGUGCUUCCGAUGAUCUCCAUUAAGCAGCUGUUCAAUUAUAAUUAAUUGUUAAGAUCAUCGUACUAAUGCAGAGUUGUACAUAUUGUUCAUUAUGCGCUGUUGAAUAAUAUCUAUCGCCAUUUAUUGAAUAUGGAAUUUUGUAAUAAACAUCCUUCACGAAA